GCAUUUGAUUUGUACGAGUAUGUGAUGAGAAAAGGUUGUAUACCUGAUGUUGUCGUUUAUAGUGUGCUUAUAAAAGGUCUUAGCAAGGAAGGAAGGAUGAGUGAUGUUCUUAGGUUUAUCUUGAAGUCAGUAAAAGGGGGUUUAGAACCUAACAUCAUUAUAUAUAACACAUUGAUAGAUGGUUGGUGUAGGAUAAAAAGUUUUAAUGGCGCACUGAAGAUGUAUAGGCAAAUGGGAGUGGAUGAUGUAAUGCCAGAUGUAAUCACCUUCACCUUGCUUAUCAAGGCGAUAGCCAAAGAAGGGAGAUUGCAGGAAACAUUGAUGAUUUUCUUUCAGAUGCUAAAGAGAGGCUUCUUACCCGAUGUUGUAACAUACUGCACUCUGAUCAAUGGGUUCUGUAAGUAGAAGAAUGUAAUGGCUGGAUUACGGGCUUUUGAGCUGAUGCUCAAAACCAGUGUUGUUUCUGAUAUCGCAAUUAAUAAUGUCCUCAUUAAUGGUCUUUUCAAGGAUGGCUGUAUGGAAGAGGUAUCAGAGAUUUUCCACCGGUCAUUAGAAUGUGGUUUGGAGCCUGAUGUUGUGAAAUACAACACAAUGAUCAGUGGCUACUGCUCUGCGCAAAAAUUGAGUGUGGCGGUUCAAUUUUAACAAGACAUGAUGGGUCGAGGACUCCAACCAAAUAGCAUUACUUUUACUAUUUUGAUUGAUACUUUUUGUAAAGAAGGUAGAAUGGAUGAUGCUGUGUUAGUUUUCAGUACAAUGCUCAACAGGGGUCCUCUACUAAAUGUUGUGACAUAUAGUUCUUUGAUCGAUGGUUACUUCAAGGCUCUUAAAUUUCAAAAUGCCAUCGAACUUCAUGAGGAGAUGCUUAGAAAUAGGGUCUUUCCGAACAUUGUUAGUUACAGUGUUCUUAUCGAUGGACUUUGCAAAGAAGGUCAAAUGGAGAAAGCAUCAUUGGCCUUUCAUUGUGCUAUGGAUUGGGGUUUGUUGCCAGAUGUUGUAGCAUAUGGAAUUUUGAUUCCUGGCUAUUGCAAGGUCGGAAGACUGGCCGAAGCCAUGAUGCUGUACAAUAGGAUGCUGGUUGAUGGUGUGUCGCCUGAUAGUUUUGUAUAUAAUACACUUGCAGAAUGUCUUUUUAGAGAGGAUCAGAUAAGGAUAGUUGGAGAGUCCAGUGGAAGGCUCUUAAAAGGGUGUAAUCUCUCAAAGGCAUAUGAUACUUUUGCUUUUAGAUGCCCCUCAAAAGAAAUGUAGCCAAGAUGAGUGAUAGUUUUUCAGUUCCAUAAUUUCUCUAAGCCUAUCAGAUUUAUCUAGUUCGCUAGCAUGACGUUUGGAAGAUGCUGAUUUCUUUUUUGAUAAAUAAUUAAUUUUAUUGGAGAGCCACCAGAAAAGCAGCAAGAGAAUUCAACAUCAACAACCCAACUCAAAAAAAGAGAACAACAGUCGACGGAAAGUGUUGUAAAGCAUGACAGUUUGAAGAUGCCAAUUUCACAUACCGUAAAUGGUCGAUGUAAAGCAACACCACCAGUCUGUUGCAUUAAAUUGAAUGUAAAUCUUGUACCAGUAAUGAAAUGGUUCAUGAAAAUAAUAUCUUGUGAUGAAUACAAGUACAGUGUGCAAUUGCAUA